CCAGAAGGGGGCGGGGCCAACAUGGCGCCUAGCGCCGGGUGAGCAGCGCCUCGGCUGCUGCUCUGUGAGACUUUUCCUGUCCCGGGAGCUCGGCUGGCGGGGGCGGGUCUGAGUGGUACCCGGGAGGAGACCCUUUGAAGGGCCCGUGUGGGGACUGGAAAGAGGACGGUUGGUUGUGUGUCUGUGUUUGUGGGGGCUCCGUGUGUGUGUUUGCAUUGGAGGGCAUUGGAAGGAUGUUCGGGGAAAUGGGGUGGGCUCUUUGAGCCUCCUUUAGCGCUACCUGGAGAUCGUCGACCUGCUUUUAUGCUGGGGAAACUACUGCACAGGUCUUGCACAAGUUAACCCUCCUCUGAGAAGCCUCCCUGCCGCCUCCACUAAUGUGAGGAGCAGAGUGUUUUAUGAGACUUUACUGGCAGAGGGUACCGCAGGGUAUUGAAGGAUUGGUAGGAGUUCUCCAGGAAACUGGACACGACUGCUUCUUGUAAGCCCGGCACCAGGCACAGACCAUGAGAGUGGUUGAGGUCACCAAGGGAGUACAUGUAGCUGGAGAAGAUAAUCAAGGACUGAGCCCAGGACACUCCAACAUUAAGCAGAUAGAAGAACGAAUAAAGGAAACGGAGUGGGCAGUGAGGGUAUCCAUCUUUCCACUCUGGGGCAUCAUCUUUCUGGGUAAGAGAAGAGAGACUCCAGGAUGGCUGAGGAGAAGAAGUUGAAGCUCAGCAAUACUGUGCUGCCCUCAGAGUCGAUGAAGGUAGUGGCUGAAUCAAUGGGCAUUGCCCAGAUUCAGGAGGAGACCUGCCAGCUUCUGACAGAUGAGGUCAGCUACCGCAUCAAGGAGAUCGCACAGGAUGCCUUGAAAUUCAUGCACAUGGGGAAGCGGCAGAAGCUUACCACCAGUGACAUUGACUACGCACUAAAGCUAAAGAAUGUUGAGCCACUCUAUGGCUUCCAUGCUCAGGAGUUCAUUCCUUUCCGUUUUGCCUCUGGUGGGGGCCGGGAGCUUUACUUCUAUGAAGAGAAGGAGGUUGAUCUGAGCGACAUCAUCAAUACCCCUCUGCCUCGGGUGCCCCUGGAUGUCUGCCUCAAAGCUCAUUGGCUGAGCAUUGAAGGCUGCCAGCCAGCUAUCCCAGAGAAUCCACCCCCAGCUCCCAAAGAGCAGCAGAAGGCUGAGGCCACAGAACCCCUAAAGUCAGCCAAGCCAGGCCAAGAGGAAGAUGGACCUUUGAAAGGCAAAGGUCAAGGUGCCACCCCAACCGAUGGCAAAGGGAAAGAAAAGAAGGCACCCCCCUUGCUGGAGGGUGCUCCCUUGCGACUGAAGCCCCGCAGCAUCCAUGAGCUAUCUGUGGAGCAGCAGCUGUACUAUAAGGAGAUCACUGAGGCCUGUGUAGGAUCUUGUGAGGCCAAGAGAGCGGAAGCUCUGCAGAGCAUUGCCACUGACCCCGGUCUCUAUCAGAUGCUGCCACGAUUCAGUACCUUCAUCUCAGAGGGGGUCCGAGUGAAUGUGGUUCAGAACAACCUGGCCCUGCUUAUCUACCUGAUGCGUAUGGUGAAGGCGCUGAUGGACAACCCUACACUGUAUCUAGAAAAAUACGUGCAUGAGCUGAUUCCAGCUGUGAUGACCUGCAUUGUGAGCAGACAGCUAUGCCUGCGACCAGAUGUGGACAACCACUGGGCACUCCGAGACUUUGCUGCCCGCCUAGUGGCCCAAAUCUGCAAGCAUUUCAGCACCACUACAAACAACAUCCAGUCCCGGAUCACCAAGACCUUCACCAAGAGCUGGGUGGAUGAGAAGACCCCCUGGACAACUCGUUAUGGCUCCAUCGCAGGCUUGGCAGAGCUGGGACAUGAUGUAAUUAAGACUUUGAUCCUACCACGGCUACAGCAGGAGGGGGAGCGAAUCCGCAGUGUCCUGGAUGGCCCAGUGCUGAGCAACAUAGACCGGAUUGGAGCAGACCAUGUGCAAAGCCUCCUCCUGAAACACUGUGCCCCUGUUCUGGCAAAGCUGCGUCCACCACCUGACAAUCAGGAUGCCUAUCGGGCAGAAUUUGGGUCCCUUGGGCCCCUCCUGUGUUCUCAUGUGGUUAAGGCCCGGGCCCAGGCUGCUCUGCAGGCUCAGCAAGUCAACAGGACCACUCUAACCAUCACACAGCCCCGGCCCACAUUGACUCUCUCACAGGCCCCUCAGCCUGGCCCUCGGACCCCUGGCUUGCUGAAGGUCCCUGGCUCUAUUGCACUGCCUGUCCAGACACUGGUGUCUGCACGAGCUGCUGCUCCACCUCAGCCUUCUCCUCCUCCAACCAAGUUUAUUGUAAUGUCAUCUUCCAGUGCCUCAUCCACCCAACAGGUCCUGUCCCUCAGCACUUCAGCCCCUGGCUCAGGCUCUACCACCACUUCUCCUGUCACCACUACAGUCCCCAGUGUGCAGCCUAUUGUCAAGCUGGUCUCCACAGCCACCACUGCACCCCCUAGUACUGCUCCCUCUGGUCCUGGCAGUGUCCAGAAGUACAUUGUGGUCUCACUUCCCCCCACUGGGGAGGGCAAAGGAGGACCCACCUCCCAUCCUUCUCCAGUUCCCCCUCCAUCAUCAUCCCCCUCUCCCCUUGGGGGCAGUGCCCUCUGUGGGGGGAAACAGGAAGCUGGGGAUAGUCCCCCUCCAGCUCCUGGGACUCCAAAGGCGAAUGGCUCCCAGCCCCCCAGCUCUGGCUCCCCUCAGCCUGCUCCAUGA